CGAAGCCCUAAAAAAUUAUGAAAUUUGAAGUCUUGUCAAAAUUUUAAGUACAUUAAUCAAAAAACCUUUUUUAUUAUAAUGAACUAAAUUCCCAGUAACUUUUUCAUUCGCCCAAUAAAUUUAGUAAUCCCUAUCAAAAACCAUGGACAACACCGUCGGCGACACUCUACAAAUAAACCCCACGGACAGGUUAGAAAAUCAGACGUUCCCUCACAACAUUAUCGAAAAGGAACCGAAAUCCGAGUUGAGACGAGCUGACAAAAUUGCGAAUUUAUCUUGGACCCUCGAUAUUCGUAAAAGCCAUGGACCCCAGGGAUUGCCAAACGAAAUUUCAUCCCCCAACAGCAACGAAGAAAAGAACAAAGAUGAGGUUCCGAAGCAGAAGAUCGCGAACCCAAUGGAUGCGUGGCUGCACAAUGGAACGAUGGGCUCGCGAAGUGCCAUUUUGAUAUUUAAAAGUUCGGCACUGGCCAAUUCCACCGAGUCGGCGAUCAAAGAGAAGCCUGCCUAUAAGCUGCACGUUUCAUACAAAGUGCUGCAAGCAGAGACCAGACUUCUGUCCAAGCUCUUGGACUGUCACGGAGUCACGGAGGUACCACCGAACGCGUCCGAUUUCAAUCUGUUGUGGACUGGGUCCCAUCCCAAGCCAGGGACCUUUAGAAGUUUGGCACCGCACCAACGAUUGAACCAUUUUCCUCGUGCUUAUGAGUUGACACGCAAAGAUCGCCUUUACAAGAACAUCGAAAUGAUGGCGCACAGCAAGGGUGCCAAAAAUUUCGAUUUCAUACCACAAACGUUCGUCAUGCCUCUGGAAUAUCGGGAACUCUGCACCACACAUAACCGUGUCAAGGGUCCUUGGAUCGUUAAACCGGUGGCAUCUAGUCGCGGACGCGGCAUUUUUAUUGUUGAAACACCGAACCAAGUGCCUCUCGAGGAACCAGUUGUCGUUGCCAAGUACAUCUCUAAGCCGUUGCUUGUCGCCGGACACAAAUGCGAUUUACGACUUUACGUUGUAGUUACCAGUUUCGAUCCUCUGAUGAUCUACAUCUAUGAGGAAGGUCUAGUCAGGUUUGCCACCGUCAAAUACGACUCUAGUCACAAGCAGUUGUGGAAUCCCUGCAUGCACCUUUGCAACUAUAGUAUUAACAAGUAUCACAGCGACUAUGUCAAAUCGGAGGAUCCUUCCGCCGAAAAUGUUGGUCACAAAUGGACGUUAAGUGCGUUACUAAGACAUCUAAAAUCGGAAGGAAGAGACACCGUUUGGCUAAUGUCGCAAAUCGAGGAUCUCAUAAUAAAAUCCAUAUUGUCCUCGGCGAACUCCAUCGUUUCGGCUUGCAAUAUGUUUGUACCCCACCAGAACAACUGUUUCGAAUUGUUCGGUUUUGAUAUACUGAUCGACGAGAAUCUAAAACCGUGGCUGCUGGAGGUCAACUUGUCGCCAUCACUUAACUGUGAGAGUCCACUCGACGUCCGUCUAAAAUCGGCAAUGCUUGCGGAUCUUCUCACGCUGAUCGGGAUUCCAGCCGUAGAUCCAGUCUUAAGACCGUCCACAUCGUCUACCAGCACCAGAUCACACGCGAAGAUGAAAAUGAAUUACCCGUUGCCGCGAUACUCCGGUACAUGUAUGCUGGAGUGGUUUCUCGUAGAGUGUAUACGGUUCUCACUUAACCUAAUGUUGAAUCAGUGCCGGCGGGUGUGCUCAGCUGAUGGUCUGAGCGUCACCACCAAGAAGUCAGAUGCCAAUUCGCAGCCUGUAAUGCCGCCCUGCAACAGUGAGGAGAAUAAGAUUGUGAAAAUGGCUCGAGACCAGUUCGAAAGGCGUGGCGGGUUCGUCCGAAUCUUUCCUGCAAUUGAUAGUUGGGAUAAAUAUUCUAGAUAUCUUGACCCCACUACUGGAAUACCCAUAACCAUCCAGAGCACAAGUGUAUACAGCCUUAACGUGAACCACAAUUAUAAUUUAAUGCUGUUCACACAAUUGUUCCCUGAUGUCUAUGUGCCUAUCUCCAAAAUGCAGGAUAAAAUACUGAAAAGAUCUCGCUUCGGCCUCAACAACAAGCGCGACAUGUCUCUAGACAGAUUAGCCAUCGAUAAAUCCGUAAGCGGCAGACAGGACAGGUAUGAACGCACACUAAGCCAGGGCCACAGAUCCGACUUGCACCCACGCAAAAUUGUAAAGGAACCUGAAGCUAUUGAAUUAAGAAAGAAAAUUGUCGAACUGUUGCAAAGCGGCAAAAAAAUAUCGCAAUUCGAGUCACGGAAGACAUUCAGUCAUUAUCUCGUCUGUGUGUUGAAGCGUAUUGUGGCCGGACCAAAUCAGGAAGACCACAUUGAUAUUGUGAUAAAGUUCUUGCAGAAGGCUUCUAACUACGUUCGUACUCCUUUCUCCGUCAAGGCUCCUUGCAAUAAGCUAGAAUUAAAAGAUCGAACUGCAAUAACAGCGAAACAACUAAAUGACUUUUUAUACUUGUACAACAGGGAGACAGAUUUAUUUGUUGAUAAAAAAGACAAGCCAAAUCAAAUACCUUCUAGUCUGUAUAGCGAGUUUUUGGAACAUGCCAGAGAAAGCGAUCUAGAAGAGGUCCUGAUGUAUCAGACAACGCAAACGGUGCCAACGUACGGCGUAAAGCCCGGCGUGUCGGCGCUACUGAAGUCCGCACCGUCGUCAGGUCUGCGCACCUGUCAGAGAUCGCGCGCCCCGAAACCGAAACCGACGCGAAUGUCGGCGCUGUUGUGAUCUCUGGCACUGAGGCCGAUACCGCCCGGUCAUCUGGAAGCGGUGGCUGCAUCCGCCAGCGGAAUAGAUUGACGAAUGGACGCCGCGCGUCGUUUUUGUGAUACUGCUGUGGUCUUCUAAGGAUAGGUCCAGUCGAGUGAUCUGCGUUGGGCGGUAACAUUUUUUUAGUCCGACUUGCUUUACAUAAUAUGAUUGUUUUCUUUAUUACUUUUUAAGUUGAAGACUAUUUAUUUAUUUAAUAAAAUUGAGACGUUUA